AUGCCCAUUCCGAUUUCUUACACUGCAGUGUUAAGCGCGAUCCUACGCACAACCGGCGAUCCGGUCCGUGUCCACCCUGGGGAAGACGCACUCUCACAUCAUAUGACCCCAACCAACCUUGUGCUCAAGGAUGGAGAAGGCGAACCGCUCAGUGUCUCCGUGGAAUCCCUGUCGCUUUCUAUGGAAAACGAUUUGCUCUGUCGUGAUCGCACGGUACACUUGUCUGGUCCCUUUGGAGUGAAUCCUGUGUCACGCGAAGCCUUCAUCAAACACAGCCCGCUAACUCAGAGUGAGAUAUGCUCCGCGGCGCCAGACCCAAAAGAGAUUGCUGGGAAGGCCACCAUCAGUGGCAUCGGGAAGGUGGUCAACGUGUCUCUCACACUUGUUGACAAUCUCACCGAUGAAGAAGAGCAAUGGCACCUUACUGUAGACGCCGAACAUAAGAUAUUUGAUCCUAAGGUGAUUUUCAUGUUGUGUCCCUCUCUCUCGCCCCCCUUGGUGGUAAUCGAAUGGAGUUUACUGACCUGGUUGUUGUUAUCGUUGCAUCUGACUUAG